AUGGCGUCUCGGUCUGUCCCGUUCGCGCAGACUGACGUGACAGGAGCACCUCAGAGCUUGCCCCACGCAGACGCACGCUCCUGUGGAACUACAUGCCUCUUAAUCAAGACCAGAGGCACACAGAGGACCUCCACACAGUCACAGCCGUGGUCUUCCUCCCAAUAUCUCGUGGUCACCACUGGCAACCAGCUGCUCUGCACCCAGUACCUGAGGGGCAUUUGA